GUGACCCCGCACCCGGUCGGACGGCUAAAGAGCUCACGUACCCGGACACACGCACCGGCGCAGAACAAAGGGCCAGACAUGCUCCGAACCCGCUCCGCCUCCUCCUGGCUCUCCUCGGCCCGGGUUACCUGCGCAGGUGGGGUGCUCCUGGUCAGGAGAUGGUUCUUUCUUUCAGUAAAAUAACAUCCUUGGAAGCUAGAGGUUCCGGAUCACCAAAGUAGCUGAGCCUUCAUUGAGCCCUGGACUCCUUGAAACCAGGCUUAUUGCUUUUCCUGAGUGAAGAACUCCUCUUAAAGGCCAUUCUUUACAGAACAAUGUUGGUCCUGUUAAUGUUCUCCUCAAAAGAGAUUCCAUACCGGACCUCCCUGGUAGUACAGUGAAUAGAAAUCCGCCUGCCAAUGCAGAGGUCACAGAUUCAAGCCCUGAUCCAGGAAGACUCCAUAUGCCAGGAACAACUAAAGCCCACGAGCUGCAACUAGUGAACCUGUUCACCUAGAGUCCGAGCCCUGCAACGAAAGAAAUCGCAGCAGUGGGAAACCCUUGCACCACAACAGAGAGUGGCCCGCAGCAAUGAAGACCCAGCGCAACCAAAAAUAAUCCUUCCAUGCUGUCUUCAAGCCCUGCUUCCUGCACAUCUCCCAACCCGGACAAGGAGAAUCCAAGUAAGAAGGUUCACUGGGCUUCUGGGAGGAGGAGGACAUCAUCCACGGACUCCGAGUCGAAGUCCCAGUCCGACCCCUUCCGACCCCGGUCCCGGAAACCCAGCCGGCUGACGGUGAAGAUCAACCAACUUCUUCAGAGCCUGAGAUCGACCUGGAGGCUCUCAUGGAACUAUCCACAGAGGAGCAGAAGACUCAAUUGGAGGCUCUUCUCCAAAACUGCUCCCGCCCCACAGAGCCUUUUAUCUCUGAGCUGCUCAGUCAACUCAAGAAACUUCGGAGACUCAGUCGACCUCAGAAAUAAGCCUUGUGAGACUAGCUUCAUCAGCCUCAGCACUGCCCAGUCUGCCCUGAACCCCUGGAUCUUUGGCUGGGUGGGAAACCACUCCUUGGGACCCAGACGAGGAACAUGGAGAAUGAGGAGGGACAUUUGAACGCCUCUGUCUAUGUGCAGCCACAGUUGGUUCCUGUCAGCUGCACUGUCUGGGAGCCAGUCAUGGCUGUUGCCCACUGCCUUCCCAUCAGCCAAGUGGAUAAAACCUUCAGGAGCCCCA